GUCCUCCGAGCGUCUCGCUGUGGCCGUGACUGUCCUUCAUCCGUCCACAUCCUGCUAGGCUCGACUCCUGAAACAAGCACACAGUGAUGGCCCUGCUCAAGUCCAACAAGGUGUUCUUAUGUCUGGGGAACAUCACCCCUUCUCUUGGGGUUCUGUCCGCCCGUAACAGCUCAUGGUGGGGUGGAGUGCAGAUGGGUCCCCCCGAUCCCAUUCUCGGGGUGACUGAGGCCUUCAAGAGGGACACCAACCCCAAGAAGAUGAACCUGGGGGUCGGAGCCUACAGAGAUGACCAGGGCAAGCCUUUUGUUCUCAGCUGUGUUCGCAAGGCAGAGGCUUUGAUUGCAGCAAAACAGCUGGAUAAGGAAUAUCUUCCCAUUGGUGGUUUGGGAGAUUUUACCAAGGCUUGUGCCCAGCUUGCUCUUGGUGCUGAUAAUGAGGUCUUGAAGAGUGGCAGGAACAUCACUGUACAGACCAUCUCAGGAACUGGAUCUCUGCGCAUUGGAGCUAACUUCCUGUCUCGUUUCCAUGGAGGUCCCGGUGAUGUCUACCUGCCCAAACCUUCCUGGGGCAACCACACACCCAUCUUCAGAGACGCUGGCAUGCAGCUCAAAGCGUACCGCUACUACGAUCCCUCCACAUGCGGCUUUGAUUUCAGUGGUGCUCUGGAGGACAUUUCUAAAAUCCCAGAGCAAAGCGUGAUCCUGUUGCAUGCUUGUGCCCACAACCCCACUGGUGUGGACCCCAGGCCUGAACAGUGGAAGGAAAUCUCUGACAUUGUGAAGAAACGUAACUUGCUGGUGUUCUUUGACAUGGCGUACCAGGGCUUUGCCAGUGGAGACAUAGAUCGUGAUGCCUGGGCUGUGCGCUACUUCAUUGAGCAGGGCCACAACAUCCUUCUGUCCCAGUCCUUUGCCAAAAACAUGGGUCUCUAUGGUGAGCGUGUGGGAGGCUUCACUGUGGUGUGUAAAGACAAUGAGGAGGCAAAGAGGGUGGAGUCUCAACUGAAGAUCCUCAUCAGACCCAUUUACUCCAACCCACCAAUGAAUGGUGCAAGAAUUGCUACAACUAUUCUUAACACGCCUGACCUGCGUUCACUUUGGCUGGAGGAAGUCCAUGGGAUGGCCAAUCGCAUCAUCAAGAUGAGAGAACAGCUCGUGGCCGGCCUGAAAAAGCAUGGCUCCUCCCACAACUGGCAGCAUGUCAUCGACCAAAUUGGCAUGUUCUGCUUUACAGGCCUGAAACCUGAACAGGUUGAACGCCUGACGAAAGAGUUUUCAGUGUACAUGACCAAGGAUGGCAGGAUCUCCAUGGCAGGCGUGUCCUCUGGCAACGUGGGAUACUUGGCAGAGGCCAUCCAUGCUGUCUCAAAGUAGAAUGUAUUUCUCCUCCUGGGAGAACAACAUUCAAUUAGCGAGGUUGAAGGAGAUUUGAUAUAUCACUCACUCUCCUCCAUUUCACUUCUAGUGUACGGUUCGGCAUCUUUGUAGGACUUCAUCAGCCUACUGUCCAACUAGUUUCUGUUAAAAUGGUUUACUUAUUUUGUACGUUUUCCCCCCAAAAAAUAUAAUUUAACAAGAGUCCCCUGCUAAAUUGUUAAAUGUGUACAUCUGACAGAGAUAGAUAGCCUUCGCUUAUUGUAUGAAACAAGCAUUGCUGCUGUUCUGCUUCUUCAUUGUAAAAUUACAAGUGAGCAGCUGAUUGGCUGUGUGAAAUAAAAGCAAGUGUGAAUGUUGUCUUUAAGGGUGGAAGCACUUUAUGCAAAGAAAGCACUAUUUGAGUUUCCGGAUUGGCACUGCUCUGCUGUAGUAUGACAAACUUGAUUAGUUCAUUUUCUGAACUAAUCAAUCAUUCAGUACUCUUAUUAUCAUUGUUUUGGAAUGUACUUAAUCUGUAUCUUAGCAGUUUUCACAAUUUAAUCAAAUGGACUUUUAACUAUAGUUGUUAGUGGAACAGCAGUUUCUCAGUUCAUUUUUUCGUGUUAAACCACAACAGACAAAUCAGGCAAGCCAAAAAUGCUAAUUGAGCUCAUGAUGUUUAUUAAAUUCAUUCACUUCUUUACGCCGGCUUAUUUCAACAACAAGGACUUUGUAUUUAAUAUUGGUACAGCCAAGUGGGGGCUUUCCCGUAUCAUUUCUUUCAUCUCCACGACUUGAACAGAUCUGGCAUUUGGGAAUGUGGAUGGUAUUUUUUUGAAAGUCAUCUUUUGCCUCUGUAUUCUGCAUAAUAAAACAUUGGUCAUGUACAUUACAGAACUACAAUAAAUCAUUGUAGAAUAUC